AUAGAUGAACCACAUCCUGUGUCAAACAUUUAGUUUCCCAAAAACAAGAGAACCAACCCGUUUGGUUGCCAGGCCUGUAUGUAAGACCAUUUUUCGGACUCUUUAGAUACUUAUUUAUUAUAUCCUACUCAGUGGUAAUUAUGAUAUUAACUUAUACAACAUUUGUCUUCACAAUAUUGAAAUAUAUCAAAAAGGACAUCUAUCAAAUCUGAUGAGGUCGAGAUGUUGUGACAAUGUGAAAAUAAAUUUCAAAAAAAGAAUCUAAGGUAUUACCACUGGUGUACAUUUCAAACAAUUAGCUUCGUCUUUCUAGUUUUAAUUUUUGAAAUAUACUAUAUGGAAAGAUGAAGGGUUAGUUCUCGCUAGUAUUAGUCGAGCAAGAUUCUAUUCUUCAUAUACAAGAAGUAAGAUGAAAUUUCUCUCAGGAUAUUUCGCCACAAAUAAAUCGACCUUUACUAGGGAGGUAAGGUAACAUGAAUUGAAAUGUUAAAGGACCAUGUUGAUUUUAAAUACUAUGCAGUUUUAAAUUUAUUUACAAUUUUAUUUAGUGACAUUAAGAAUUAUUAUUUUGUUCAAUUGUGUACAAUGAAUUUUUUUAUAAUAAAAAUUUGAUAUUUUCGUGGUAAUUAACUCUUGUUUUUAAUUUUAUAAGGUAUUGAUUUUACUUCUAAACAAUAACAGUUAUUCUCACAUAAAUAAUUGAAAAUACAAUGUAAACAAUAUGUUUAUGAAAAAUGUAGAAAACCGUUUUUUCCAUGUUGAACUGUAGUUAAUACCAAACUAAUUUGUGCUUAUCAUCAUGUUUGAAGGUUAAUUCUACCAUAAAAGAGUUGCUGAAUCAUCGCCAAUAUAUUUGAUAUAUUUAAAUUGUAAAUGAUUCUUUGACAACUUAUGUUCAUAAAAAGUAUUAAAAUUAAUGUAUUUUACAUUUGUCCUCAAAAUAUAUCUUGAUGUAAUCUAAACAUACAUUCAUUUCUAGUAUACCCUAAAUUAGAAUUCACAUUUAUUAUAUUUUGUCUACAUAUAAAAUUUGAAAUGUUUAUAUCAAUAUUCCAAUAUUAAAUAGGACAAUCACCAAUGUUUUUACCAAAAACUAUCCAUUUUAAGACUAGCAGCAGAAUGACAAAAUGACAAUAGAUGGAAUACUCAGUGUUUAUAGAUGAUCUAUUUAUCCCACUUCUUUCAAAAUGUUCAAGAUGUAGAACUGGUCUAGCUGUCUUCGUCUUCUAUUUUAUACGCUCCUAGGUGUCUCAUACUUCAAGAGAAUCUGAAAAGAUGUUUCUUCCUCUACAUAGCAAAAUGUGCAUGUUGCAUUUUCUGCUAAGCCUAGCAUCUUCAAAUGUCCAUUGAGGCGACAAUACCCCAAAAAGUCUUCUGUUAGUUUCCGUAGAUUGUUCAUAUAUAAGUUGAUAUAUUCAAAAGAUUUUCCCUAAUUACAGUUUGCCUGCCUCAACCCCUUUACAGUGUUCCAGUUAUUGGCUUUUCCCUAUCUACUUUUUUCUUUAGUGUUUUCUAUAUUGUCUAUAGACGAUUCUAUAAAAGAAUCUAGGUCCUACAAAGAGUACAUCCACCCCCACUUUAACAAGUCCGUCUAUUUCAUUCUCCUCUACUACAGUGUGUCCCGAAAUCCAUUGGACAAAGUUUUAACGAUGCAAUCACAAGUUUUUCAGUAUUGUCAAUUACAUAAGAGAAGGAAUUAUUUAUAUUUUAAUAAAAUUUCAUAUACUUUGAAUUAUUGUUAAUUAUCAUAUUUUGGUAUAUUAAUAACAAAUAUAAGCAUUUAUAUUAGAAAUUAUCAAUGGAUACAUUUUCCAGCAUACUAAAAUGCAUCUGUUUAUGUAUUUAUUAUAUAUUUUCUUAAAUUAUCAUGAAUGUUGUUCAAUUUAUUCAUAAUAUUUGGUAAUUAUAAUAAACAUUAAAAGUAAAUAAAAUAUUUGUAUAAACAAGUGAUUUCUAAUAUUAAUUACUAGGUAAAAUGUUUUUGUUCAAUUACUUAAGAUAGAUAUACAUGGUUCAAUUUAAGGGGUUAUCAAACCCCAAUAAUUUUUAUUAUACUAAUUAUCUAUGAGCAUAAAAUUUGAACUGGUUGGUAGUGAGUUAUUAGUUCCACUGCUGCUUUUAUAUGAGGUAUUUUAACUUUAUUAUCUAGUUUGGCUUCCAAAAAGUUUUCUAAAGCAGUUUAUCUUUUAAUAUAUCACUAUUUUUCAUAUAUUAUAGGAGAAACUGCUGCACUCAAAGUUGGUACAAUUUUAUUUGAAUAUAAUACCAUGCAAAAUGUAGCCAAAGGUAGGCGUAGAUGAAUUAUCAUUGAGUUUGUGGUUCUUUAUUUUAGAAGCUAUAUUUUUAUGGUUAGUAGCUUGUUUUGUAACAUUUUAUGGUGGUUUUAAAGUUUAUUAGUACCGGUGCACAAGAUAAGGAGAUUUUGUUGAUGUUUAAAAUAAGGGUAAGCUAUUUCUCUUAUAUAGAAAAUAUUAAAAAAUUUAGGAGGUGAACUUAUCUUUAAAAUUAUCUCCCAUAUGUAAUAAUUAAGAGGCAUUUUCACCCCAAUACUAAAGUUUUCUUUUCGCAAUGUAAACAUUUGAAUUUGUACCACAAUUUGUGUGAUUCAGCUAGUAGAGCUAAAAAAUUUUUGAUGGGAGAAAUUUAAAAAUCACUAUUCAAUUGAUGGUCUCAUGAGUUAACAAUUUUUAUAUGAUGACUCAAAACUUUAGAACACAGAGAAUUAUGUUAACAAAAUAUAAACUAAAAUUUAUCCAAAUUAUGUGGAAAAAUCACUAAAGAAUUCGAUGUCCACUUAUUGUUGAAAAUAGUUUCACUUUACAUUAUUUAAGAGAUGUUCAAGUAUUCAGUUUGGUUUGGUGAAACAUAUAUAUUUCAUUCUAGACAGUACUAUGAGAGCAUUUAUAUUUUAAAGUAAAUAAAACUCUUUAAAAACCUAGUAUGGUAUAUUUUAUCCAAUACAUCACUUUAAACUGUAUGUUUUAUCAACAUCGUCAAUAUUCCUAACAAUUGGAAACAGAGUAGAUAUCAUACAACAUAAAAACGAAUACCUGGUUACGUUUAAUAUUAUCUAAAUAGCAACUUAUACCGGAAAUUGGCAUAAAAUAUUACUACAUACUACAUAAGAUAUUACUCACCUUAUGGUUAACUAGUUAAAUUUAAUUAUGUAUGUCCUCAAGGGUUUGCACUUUACACUAGGCCUAUACACUAAACAAUAAUAAUAUCUUGGUUUUUUAAACAUGACUCAAAAUUGCAUGCCUAUUUAUUGACAGGAUAAUUUGUUGACAUUCUCGCCAUCACUAUUUCAUUACUUUUUGAUUUUGCUUACGCAAUUUUUCACAUUUUCACACAAGCAGAAUGUAGACAACCACUAAUUCAUUAAUUUUCUUUGGUUGCACAAGCAAACAUGAACAAACAGUUGAUUGGUUGAUCAAUAUGUAUUUUUUGUAGUUCCAGUUAAAUUAAAAUAACCUACUGUAAAAUAAUAAAAAUUAGCCAAAAUCUGAAACCAACUCAAGCGGAUAUAUUAAUAAGGAUUUGAUGAUUUAGAAUCUUUAUUAGUUGCGUUUAAUUGUAUUACCAAUAUAAAAUAAUGACAUACCAAAGAAUAUAACAUUUUCAAAUUACUUUUUAAUUUGGUGACAUAUUUCUCCUUUUAGAUUUGCCUUUCAUGGUGUAUUUAAACCUUGUGCUCAAAUAGAAAUAAUCUUUGAAUUGAUACUUUAUUAAUUCUAUUGGUUUCAUUAAAAACUUUUUUAGCUUUGGUCACAGAACAUACCAUGGUAUAUAAAAAAAAACACCAUACCAUGGUAUAUUCUGUGGCGUUGAUUAUGAAAAUUGAAAAAAGGAUGACAGGUGUCUUGUUUUUUUUAAAUAUUCUGUACGAUUAUUGUAGAAUAAAAUAGCAAACGUAUUUGAAAUAAUAGAGCAAAAUGAGUAUCAGAGAUUCAUUGAAAAUAUUCUUUUCAAAUUUGUAUUAAAAAAGAAAAAGUCAACAAUCACCUAUAGGUGAUACAAAAUAUCAGUGGUAAAAUCACUGAUCGCAAUAUGUCAUUCAUCACACGAUGAAUUGAUCCUCCAUUUAACUGAGUUGUUUGCUGUGGUUGGUGUUGUCUUAAACAAAAUAAUUUUUACAUUAUUUAAGUGUAACAUUUAAAAUCGGUAAAUAUCACAAUGCAAGCUGAAAAUAAACCUGAUACUACUAAUAUUGAAGUUACAACUUCUACGAAUGAUACUACUGCAAAUGUUCAAGAUAAACCAAGCGUUUUCCAACGAGCAGAAAACCAUGGCGGCAAUGAAGGGACCGGCGAAAGAUUUGGACGUGGUGGAAGAUUCGGUGGCCCCAGAGGAGGAGGCGGCGGGGGCGGCUCCGGUUCGAAUCAGAGAGGUGGCAGAAACUUUGAACAAAGAAGAGGUGGUAACCGUGGAGGUUAUAGAGGUGGAAGAAAUGUGAAAACUGAGGGUGAGGGUGGAGAAGGUGGGUAUGGGUUUGAUAAUAGAGAUGACCAUAGUGGUGGUGGAAUGAGGGGACCAAGAGGUGGAAUGAGAGGACCUGAAGACAAAUUCUUGGAAAGAUUAAACCAAAUUAGAGGACCUACUUAUGAUUUACCUCCACUAGAUUUCACAGAAAAAAAGUUUAAUGGACGUAACAGAUUAUACAUAGGUAAUAUUGGAUCAGAAGUAACGGAAGAAGAAUUAGUUGAACUUUUUAAACCCUAUGGUGAAAUAGCUGAAGUUUUUGUGAAUAAAGAUAAAAACUUUGGUUUUGUCAAAGUAGAUUACCAUUGCAAUGCAGAGAAGGCAAAAAGGGAACUUGAUGGCACUGUUGUUAAGUCUCGUACUUUGAAAAUAAGAUUUGCUCCUAAUUCAGCUUCAGUUAAAGUUAAAAAUCUUACUCCUUAUGUUUCCAAUGAAUUGCUGCACUAUGCCUUUUCUAUUUUUGGAGAGGUUGAGAGAGCAACUGUGUGUGUUGAUGAGAGAGGAAAAACCACAGGAGAAGCUAUCAUUGAUUAUGCUCGCAAGGGAUCUGCCCUACAUGCUAUUAGAAGGUGUUCAGAAGGUUGUUUCUUCUUAACUGGUUCUCUACAACCUGCGAUUGUAGAGUCUUUUGAUGUGGUAGAUGACAUUGAUGGAUAUCCAGAGAGAAACAUUAACAAGAAGAAUCCAGAAUUUUCAAAUGAGAGGGAACAAGGUCCAAGAUUCGCUGCUCCUGGGUCUUUUGAGAACGAGUACGGUAUGAGAUGGAAACAAUUGUAUGAUCUACAUGCACAAAAAGAAGAAGCUCUUAAGAAAGAAUUUGAUCUAGAAAAAGAAAAAUUAAUAGCUCAAAUGGAAUAUGCUAAAUAUGAGCAUGAAACUGAAAUGCUUAGAAACCAAUUGAGAGCUAGAGAAAUGGACAAAGAUAGACAGAAGAGAGAGUGGGAAAUGAAGCAGAGGCAGGUGGAAGAAGAAAGAAUGAGAGCUGAAGAACUGAGGAGAAGAUCUCAAGAACAUUUGGAAUCGAGACUAUCCGUUCAAGAUGAAUUAAGAAGGAAACAACAAGAAAAUAACCUUUUCAUGCAAGCACACAAUUUGAAUUCUAUUCUAGAUCAACAAGAGCAUGUUUAUGAUACGCCAAUCGAAUAUAGUAAAGACUCUCAAGGGGAUAAUGUAACUAUGGUUAUGGUUUCAAUCCUAGUAUUUCAAAUUUACACCAGAAGCUGAAAAAACGAAUGAGAUAUAAGAAAUUGGUUCGGGAUCUGAUCAAUAUCUCUAAUUUGUGGAUUAUGAAAAAUUAAACUAAUGUUUUCAUAAAAUUACAGGAAAUUGUACAAAAUUUAACCAUCAGAAAGAAAAUUAUUCGAUCUACCGACAAAAUGUUAUUUAAUUUAGAAGAUUCAUUCAGGUAAAUUUUUUUAUUCUCCAAAAUCAAUUUUCUAUAAUUAAUUGUGUAAAUUAAUAAUGGCAACUUUAUACGUUCAUUAUUUAGUCAUUUGAUAUUUUUUUUUGGUUAAAUAUUAUAUACAAGGUUUAUUCAUAAAGUAAAGAACAAUAAAGUCAUCAAACAAACUAAGAUACUUCGCGGAAGACGUUUGCCGUUUGACGUCUAUUGAUCCUAUUCAUAAUCUUGACGUUGCUGCCGUUAACCUAAAAAUUUUGUUAUUCUUUUUGAUGCGUCUACUGCUUUUUGUUUUCGUUAUAUUUUUGUGAUUUUGUUUGUAAUCCGGUAUUUAUGAACGAUAUUAUGGAAAAUAACGAAGAGUCUUUUAUUGGCAUAAUUAGAAAAAAUCACGCGACUAACGCAAAUUGAUGUGGCUCUUUUCUACUGCUACGAACGGGAAAAAUUCGUUCAUGUUGCAAGUCACCAAUAGCAGACGUCGACUUCAAACGGCAAGUAUGAAUUGUCUCACGCAUUUCUAUGUUUAAUUUUGUAACAGCAAACGGCAACGGCAAACGGAAAGGCAAGCUUAUGAAUCGGGCUUAAUACACAUGAAUUAGCUUUGAAUUUCGCUCGAAUGUUAUUUCAACCACACAAUGACGCAACUUUUCGUCGCAUAUUUCUCACUAAGUGGAAAUUUAGAAUCACUAGCUGCAAGAUAGGGACUAUGGGGCAGAUGAGGUCAAAUCUCCAAUUUAAAUAUAUUAAAGAGAUCUUGAGUGCGGUUUACCAUGUAAAGACGGUCAUUUUCAUGUUCAACAUUUUUCUGGGACUUAUGUUGAGCUAUUUUCGAUAGUACAAUUUCAACUUAGUACCGUUCGAAGUUUAUCUGUCACUUUUUUCUUCUUUAACCGGCGCUACGGUUUUUUGAGAACCAGGACCUUCUUGAAAAUCGACUGCCAAUCCUUUUUGGUGCCAAUGUCGAAUCCCUAGCUGGAUCAGGUCCGCCUCUACGUCCUCCAACCAGCGAAGGCGCGGUCUUCCUUUCACUUGCCGUCCUCCAGGAACUUCAUACAUGGCUUUGUGCGGGUAUCUAUCAGAAGACAUCCUCUCCAUGUGUCCCAGCCACAUCAGAUGCGCCCCCCCCAGAUGAACGCCACCAAAUUUGGCUCGCCAUAGAUUUGUCUCAGCUCAGCAUUUCUCCUCGCAACCAUGCCAAAAAUCCGCUCACUUGUCAUAAUCCAUGUCUCGCAUCCGUAUUUGACUACGGCACAGAUUAUUGUCUUGUAAAUUGUGAGCUUUGACUUUCUUGAGAACCCUAUAAACUUGAGUGCUCUUUACUCCCAGAAACAUCUGUUCCCCGCAGCAACUCUUGCCUUGAUCUCUGUUGUCACGUCAUUAUCUUUAGUUAUCAAGGCCCCAAAUUUUUGGUGGCACACAGGGAAGCGAAGUUCUCUGACUUGAAACGUAGUUUGGGAGGUCAGGCUUCUCCUUGAGGUUCUUAUUUAUAUGGUUUUCUGGUAAUUGAGUUGAGUAAUUUUAACUGAGUCGAGAAAAUCAUUCAUAAUCACACAUUACAUAUAGUGAACGACGUUUUUCAUAAUAUUUUUACUCACUCCCGUUUAUUGUAAAAGUGGUGAAAAAAUGUUUUUCGUUAUGAAAUGUUAAAUGGAAAGAAUAAGUUUCAUUAUAUCUUAUGAUGAUUUAGCUCUGGUCGAUUUUUUAUGUCUGUAAUAGAAUUUUUGUGGUAAUAGUUUCACUUCAUGGAAAUUGCAAAUCAUCAGUUUCUAAGAUAUUUUUUAAGAUUAUUAACUCCUCAAUAUCUAUGGGGCUUGGCGAUAUAAUUUAUGUGUUGACUCUAAAGGCUACCAGGGUGAGAUAUAGAGCAGGCUAGAAUACGAAAUGAGUUAUAAUUCAAUUUAAUCUUAUUAAUUCAAUCGUUUUCUUUUGAAAUUAUAUUUGAUUCUCCACAAUUCUGUCAUAACUUACAAUUUAUUUGUUUUAUUUUAUUAGGUAGCCGAGAUAUAAGUUUUGACUUCUUAAUUAUACAUUGUGUCCACUUAAGUUUUAAUAUUAUUAAUUAAUUACUUAACUUAUUUAACACUUAAUAUUUUAACAAAAUGCUGCAACAAAGUUGGGAAACUGAAAUAUUAUCAAAGUUUUGAAACAUAUCAGUUAAUUUUCGUUAUUAUAGAAAAUUAGGGUACUUUCAUAGUUUUAAAAUAUGUUGAUUGUAUUUUAGUUUUUAAACCAUUCAGAACUUUUUACGAAGAAUAACUUUUUUUCAUAAUAUCAACAAUAAGUGGACUCAGUGUAUAUUAAUGGAGAUGAUAUACCCACGACUUGAAGGAAGAUGAAGAAGAUGAAGAGUUUUCGGAAUUAUGUAUAACCUAAUAAAGAAUUCAUUACCGGAA